AUGUACAACGGAAUCGGCCUGAACACUCCCCGCGGCAGUGGCACCAGCGGCCACGUAAUUAGAAACGCGUCAUCGCUGAGGCCAGGGCAGGCAGGCGGCAGCUCACAAAGAAUGCACCAGUACGAAAGCGACCGGCCCAUCAAAACCAAGCCCAUAGACAAGGGUAUUCUUGAGCACGAGCGCAAGCGCCAAGUGGAAAUAAAGUGCCUGAAGCUCCAGGAUGAACUUGAGGCUCAGGGCCUAGACGAGGAUGAAACCGACAAGCGCGUAGACGAGCUGCGGCAACAGCUGCUCAAGAACCUGGAUAAUCUGGAU